AUAAACGCACAAUAAUUGUCUUCAACGUGCUCUUUUAUGAAAAGGAACAGGAAAGUUAAAAAUUUGUAGUGCCUUUUCUUAAGCUUAGUUAUUUUUCACAAACGUAUUUAUAUUGUGAUAGUGAAAUAAAAUAAUAGUUAUUAUGGAAAAAAGUAAACAGUGUUACAUGUUUCAGAAGCGGACUAAAUGGAGUGAACCCUUUCUAUUUAACAGUAGGGACAGUAUUUUUGAAGUAAUUUUUAAAACCGUUAAUUUGCUACAGCAAGAAGCUCAAAGCUUAACUCAGUCUAAAUAUGUGAAAUCACUUUGGCAAGCGUGUAUGGUGCUCGGUUCGGUAACAAUAAAAAGUACAUUGUUAAUUUCGUUAAUUAUGAUUAUCUUUUUUGUUAAUGGUAUAAAUGGAACUUCUGUGGAAAAAGUUUUUUUGCGGAAAAGUAAUGAUUACAACUUGGCAUUGGUGUCAUCCGCCCAGAAAUCGGAAAGUUCACUUACGCGAAGAAAUAUAUGGAAGGAAUUUCGGAUAGUGGGUAUUCGUUUGGAGGACGGGACAGUAGAGACAGAAAAUGCUGUUCCAAGUGUGUUAAUAGACAAGGAACAAUCUUUUCGAGUGUUCGGUAGCGGAUUACAAAACAACACAGCUAUAACAUUUACCAAUGAACAAAAUGAUUAUGGUGGUCCAUGUCUAAAACCAGCUACUGACUUGUUUACCCCGAUAGAAGUAGCCCCUGAUGGAUUUUCUGCACUGUACUCAGUAAAGUUUCCCUCAUUUAUAAAUGAAUUUUAUAUUUGUGCCAAAACUGCUGAGGAUGCAACAUAUCAUAGCAAAGCUGCAAACACAACGCCUUUGGAACACCAAGGAAAUUCCGAUUGCUUGAAAAUAAAAACGUAUGAACCAUUACUACCCGUAUGGCUGGCAAUUAUCAUCAUUGUCACAUGCUUAUCCUUCUCAGCUUUAUUUUCUGGGCUUAACUUGGGUUUAAUGUCAAUGGACCGCACAGAAUUAAAGAUUCUGCGAAACACCGGCACAGAAAAAGAAAAAAAAUAUGCGUCGAAGAUUGCCCCAGUUCGAGAUCAAGGUAAUUAUCUUUUGUGCAGUAUUCUGUUGGGUAAUGUGUUGGUUAACUCAACCUUUACCAUUCUGCUGGAUGGAUUAACUUCUGGACUUUUUGCGGUUAUAUUUUCCACAUUGGCCAUCGUACUAUUUGGUGAAAUUACGCCACAGGUAAGCUUACAAUCAAGAUCCCAUAACAGCUAUAUGUAA